GCGUGAUGUCGCUAAUGCCUCGUUCAUAGCAGCCAUGGCUGCUUUUUUUUUGUUCGAGGGCCCCCAGGCGCCGCUGGUGUCCACUCCUGUGAACAGGAAUGUCCUCCCUCUUGUACGCCGUCACGCUUGUCUUCUCCUCCCUCCGGUUUCACCUGGAGCAGCCCCAUCGCUCGAUGUGCAUGAGGCGCCAUUAGCACCGUCGAGAUUGAUACUGUGGCUCUCCCCAUCUCCAGGUUCCUGGUGCAACUGACACUCGCCGUUUCAAUCCGCCAGAGCGAAUGUGUUGCAUAGUACUUUUGUGCCUGACAGUAGAGUGACUCCCACUGGCACGCCGCGAAGAUCGCUCCUGUUUCUCUCUCAUAUAUUGGCAUACCCCUGGAAGCCGGUGGGUAACACAGAACGACACAGCUUCCAGCCCACCGCCGCGGAUAUCUGCACCUACUAAAGACGCUGCUGCCCUCGCUGAAGCAGCUCGUGGACGACUUGCUGCCGCCGAGUCUGCUGUGGAAUCGACCAUCCAAUUGAAAAGCCCCUGCUGCUAGUCACGCCGCCGACUGUCACUCAGAAACACAGUUCUACGCACAUUGGGCGGGGAAGGAGAACAUCGUCCAAACACACCGCUGAGUAGCCUCGAAGAGCACGAUGAGCAGAC